AACUACUCCCACCCCCAGACCAGCACCAACAACUACCCCCACCCUCAGACCAGCACCAACAACUACCCCCACCCUCAGACCAGCAGCACCAACAACCAGGGCAACGCUACACAGGGCAACGCUGGCACUGCCACCACACAGGGCAACGUUACAGAGGGCAACGCUACACAGGGCAACGCUGGCACUGCCACCACACAGGGCAACGCUGGCACUGCCACUCCAGAGGGCAACGCUACAGAGGGCAACGCUACACAGGGCAACGCUGGCACUGCCACCACACAGGGCAACGCUACAGAGGGCAACGCUGGCACUGCCACCACACAGGGCAACGCUGGCACUGCCACCACACAGGGCAACGCUGCACAGGGCAACGCUACAGAGGGCAACGCUGGCACUGCCACCACACAGGGCAACGCUACAGAGGGCAACGCUGGCACUGCCACCACACAGGGCAACGCUGCACAGGGCAACGCUACAGAGGGCAACGCUGGCACUGCCACCACACAGGGCAACGCUGCACAGGGCAACGCUACAGAGGGCAACGCUGGCGCCGCAGGACAGUCCGAGGCUGCAGAGCGGAGCGGCCAGACUGGGUCUCCACAGGAAGAGACGCCUCACACGAAGCCUGAUGGAAGUGAUGAGUCAGGUGAAAAUCUUCCUGUGGAACCUUCCCAUCAGAACACAGAGAGCAGAACCUGCUCUGAGAACCCCAGAGACUCACUGGAGAAUGAGGCCUUGAGUCCUCCAAACCUACAGGCAGAGAAGUGUGUAGAAGAGACCAGAGCAGCAGAGGUCCUGGGUGUCGGCUCCUCCCUGAAGGUUACCAUCCAGCAGACCAAUGAGAGUCGAGCAUUCAGCACCGGCCUGGAGGAAUCAGCCAAUCACAGCCAGGACAGCGAUCAAAACCCCGCCUCCUGUCCCUUCCUCUGCUACAUAUGCAACACAACAUGCUCCAAUCAGCAGGAGUUCCAGAGCCACAUGAACAGUCUGCAGCAUCAGCGUCGUCUGAUGGAGAUUCAGCACAUGAGCAGCACCUGCCUGGCCCAGCUACUGCCCAGCCUCACUGACCACAGAGAGAAGAGGCCUCCUCUGCAGCGCUGGUGUGUGUCCUGUCAGUGCCACUUCUCUGGCGACCUGCUCGAGCACCGGCGGUCCAAAGAACACAAGAUGUGCAAGCGCGGCUCCAGGCCCUUCUGCACCAUGUGCAAGAGGCACUUCAGGACGCCGCGCAAGUUUGUGGAGCACAUGAAGUCCCGCCAGCACAAGCAGCGGGUGGAGGAGCUGCAGGAGGAGCGUGAGCCGGAGCUGCUGGAGGAGCUGAUCACCGUGGAUGCCGUCGGCUGCUUCGAGGGGGAGGACGACUACGAGGAAGAGUCCAGCGAGGAGGACGAGGAGGGGGGGGCGGCCGCCAGACAGUCGGUUCACCGGUCAGUGGCGCUGGAGGACAUGAGAGACGAGGAGGAGUAUGACCCGGACACUCAGUAUGGUUCUAGUUUCGUGGUUCCGGUAGCUGGGUUCCUGUGCCGGCUCUGCCACAAGUUCUAUCACUUCGAGUCCACAGCUCUGCAGUCACACUGUCGCUCUCUCACACACUUUCAGAACCUGCAGAAGUACAGGAGGAGGAAACAGCGCCCCCCGCAGGAGAGCCACAAGGAGCGCGGAGGGAAGGAGGGCCCAGAGGAGCCCAGCGACCAGGAGGAGGAGGAGGAGGAGGAGGAGGAGGAGGAGGCCCCAGCGUUAGACUGCAGCAGGGCUUUGCCACUGGAGCCCCCACACAUACACACACACACUCAGAGACACACUCCACUGGAGCCCCCCCACACACACACUCCACUGGCAGCGCCCCCCAGAGGAAAAGGCUCUCGCCGCAAGCAGCCGGCCAAGAGGUCCAGAACCCAGAUGGACACAGAACCAGCAGCAGCUCCUGGACCAGAACCGCACGCUGGAGCAGAACCGCACGCUGGACCAGAACCGCACGCUGACGCUGACCGGGCCGGCUCGGUGGGUGGAGCAAAGCGGAGCUGCGUCCAGUUGCCUGGCAACGACCUGCCGCAGGACAGAGGUGGGGGGGGGAGGGCACACUUGUCCAGCGACCCCCCCGACCGGGCCAAGGCUCUAUGUGACCCCCCCGACCUGGCCAAGGAGCUGGAUCUGGACGGAGCUGGUGUGGGGGAGACGGGUGGAGCUGGUCUGGUGUGGGGGAGACGGGUGGAGCUGGUGUGGGGGGGACGGGUGGAGCUGGUGUGGGGGAGACGGGUGGAGCUGGUGUGGGGGAUCUGGGUGGAGCUGGUGUGGGGGAGACGGGUGGAGCUGGUGUGGGGGGGACGGGUGGAGCUGGUGUGGGGGGAGCUGGUGUGGGGGAGACGGGGGGAGCUGGUGUGGGGGGGACGGGUGGAGCUGGUGUGGGGGAGACGGGUGGAGCUGGUGUGGGGGGGACGGGUGGAGCUGGUGUGGGGGAGACGGGUGGAGCUGGUGUGGGGGAUCUGGGUGGAGCUGGUGUGGGGGAGACGGGUGGAGCUGGUGUGGGGGAUCUGGGUGGAGCUGGUGUGGGGGAGACGGGUGGAGCUGGUGUGGGGGGGACGGGUGGAGCUGGUGUGGGGGGAGCUGGUGUGGGGGAGACGGGGGGAGCUGGUGUGGGGGGGACGGGUGGAGCUGGUGUGGGGGAGACGGGUGGAGCUGGUGUGGGGGGGACGGGUGGAGCUGGUGUGGGGGAGACGGGUGGAGCUGGUGUGGGGGGGACGGGUGGAGCUGGUGUGGGGGAGACGGGUGGAGCUGGUGUGGGGGGGACGGGUGGAGCUGGUGUGGGGGAGACGGGUGGAGCUGGUGUGGGGGGGACGGGUGGAGCUGGUGUGGGGGAGACGGGCGUCCAGCGUCCUGCAUGCUCCUCCUCCAGGGUCCAGAGGCGAGUGGUGA